AUGGAGCAGAAAAUUAACAAAGAAGGCGGAUCCAUCGGCGGAGUACCAAUUCAUAGCCAAGUUCGGAAAAUCAGGCAAGAAAUGGAGAAUCAAUCACCCGGCGCUUCAGCAGCCGGAGAUCAGACCGGUGGUUCACGAAAUCCUCCGGCAGAAGCGAUGCAGAUCGCCGCUAGGGUUAACACAGCAACCGAUAUCUGUCGGCAACUAAUGGAACAGGAUGGGUCCAAUGAUGGUGGCAGAGGCAAGGAUAUGCCAGUCCCCAAGCGAAAAGUUCAAAGGGCUGUGUGGGAGAAAUUCAAAUUGCGCCGCCGUGUGCCAGACGGAGGGCUUUCCCGGUGGCCACUGCGGGGGCUUCAUCCGCCGCUGUUUAUGCACCACAGAUUGUUCAAAAUGAUCAGAGAGUCCGAGAUUGAGUUAAAUAAAAAUUAA